AUGGUAAACCUAAACUCUAAAAUCCCAAAUCGUUUUUCCUCAGUUCCUCACUUCCUCAACUCUGCGACGCCGCCUCUCUGGCUCUCUCCCUCACAAUCUUUCUCACCUCUGCGGCUCUGCCUCUCAGCUCUCAGCUCUCACAAUCGGUCUCUUGCGUCUCUGUCCCAGCUUGCUUGGCCAAAACGACGACGUCGUGUUCAGCUUCGCCACGACCUUCUCCAGCAGCAUCCCGCUGAUUUCCGGCGCCGGUUAAUCCCCAUACUCAUCAAGUCAAGUUGUGUGAUUUUGGAAGUGCAAAAGUUCUGGUUUUAUCAGAGGUGUUUCCAACUUCCAAGUCCUUUCUUUACCCUCUGUUUUGGCCUUUGUAGCCUCUCUUCCCAGGUGAGAGUGGAGUUGAUCAGCUUGUUGAGAUUAUUAAGGUACUCGGCACCCCAACUCGUGAGGAAAUCAAAUGCAUGAACCCGAAUUAUACAGAAUUCAAAUUUCCACAAAUCAAUUGGAAUCGGAAACCCGAAAACGGGCAUGUUUUGUCACGGUCCGGGUUUAUCCCGGUCCCUGUUAUUUGCAACAACGGUCCCGGCCCGAAUUAAGAAUGCCGGUCCCGGUUCCGGUCCCGGUUCCUGUAAAACAAUUACCGGUCCGGGUUUAGGCCGGUCCCCAUUCUCUGCAUCUGCAAGUCCGGUCCGGGUUUAGCUUUGCCGGUUCCGGUCCCGGUCCCUGUAAAAGCAGUGCCGGUCUGGGACCGUGCCCAGCCCUAGGCUCUACUGCAUUUGAGGUGCUACGACAGCACCCAAUCACAAUCCAAUCCAAUCGGCCAAUAUUUCAAUUCUUUCUAUUCGGUAAAAUGCAUAGCAGUAUUAUAAUAAUUGUCCUAGGCAACAACACUUAAUUGAUAACAAUAUGCUUUAUAUAUAAAAAUCAACUGUUGAAUACAAA